GUGCUCGGAACACCUUCUGAGAACCGCCCUAGCAAUGAACCAGGAAGUAGGUGAGAGAGUAAACAGGUGAGAAAGAGGGAUAUUGGGCUUCCAGGCUUCCUGAAAGGAACACUCUUUCUGCAGUCUAACAGACCACACUCACCCGGGGGCAGGGAGAAAGAGACUCACCUGGGGGAGGGAGAGAGACAGAGACCCGCCUGAGAGAAGGAGAGCGAGACUUACCUGUGGGUGCUCACCUGUCUGCAGCUGGAAGUGUUGCUCUGAUCAUUGGGUCCCCUUCUGUGUGUUGGUGAUCUUCCUGCCUGAGCUGCUCCCCCUUCACCUGCUCAUUGCCGUGUGGGUGGUCUGCUCUCGGUCUCCCGAUGGCAGCGUUCCAGGAUCCGGGCCACUUCCAGGCGGUGGACCUGAGCAGCGAGACCGGCACUGGAGCUCAGCAGACCGCUGGGCUGGAGCAGACGAUGCUGACUGAUGACAGAGAGGGAGCUGCAAGAGAAACCGAGGACAGGCUGGGCCAUCAGGCUGAGAAAGACCAGGCAAGCCCAGCUCCAUCAUCUCCUACACCCUUGGACUACAAACUCAGGAAGUUCUUCGUGCUCCGGCCAGGAACAUUUGACCAAGCAUUGGCAGAUAUCAAAGCACAGAUUAAUCAGCAAGAAGAUGGAACUUUACAAAGUACCUGGCUUCUUACUGAAAUCGAUCAUUGGAACAAUGAGAAGGAACGGAUUGUUCUGAUUUGUGAGAAGACCCUGCUCAUCUGCAAGUAUGAUUUCAUGGUUCUCACGUAUCAGUACUGUCGACGGGUGCCACUCAAUUACAUCGACAGAAUCUAUUAUGGAGAAUUCUCUUUCCCUGAGCGAUCCAUCAGCAGGUUGUGCCCUCAUCUCUGGGGGUUACCAUUGACCAGAAACAAAGCACAUAAAUGCUGUGACUGCAAUAGCAGGAGAGAAGGCAAGGGAGUUCGUAUUCACUGGGACAAGCUGCGAGAGGCUUCCUUCCUAUCCCGUUGGAACCCUUGGAGCACUGAAAUUCCAUAUACAACCUUUGCUGAACAUCCAGCCAUCAAUGCCACUGAGAGAUUCACCAGCCUUUGUCAGCUCGAAAAUUUCAAAAUACAGCUGUCUCAGGCUGUCCAAAAAGCCUACCAAGUGGAUCCAGUUCCUGGGAGGGCGAAUGGAGCGCUGAUAUUGAAUCAUCCAAUCGCCAUUGACUCCUACAUGGGGGUGAUGUCUGUCCUCAGCAAUCAGAACAGGCUGGGCUAUUCACUGGCUCGGGGGUCUGUGGGCUUCUAGCCUGACUGCACCACUGGCCUGUUGCGAUUCCCUAAACAAAUGGUUUCCUUUAGGUCUCUUGCGAUUGCUUUCUCAUUAUUUAAACUUGUUGAGAUUUUGCAGAUCACAUAUCAGUCCCUAAUUCUACAGAUAUCAUGGCCCAUUUUGAAACAACAUUAAAUCUAUUGAGUUUCAUACAUAAAGUGAGUACUGAAUCUGUCAAAUGUCAUAAUUCUACAAACAAGAGUAGACUGAGAAUAUUAGACAUUGCUUGCACUGGUUGAAAGUAGUAACAUAAGAGCUGAGAUAACAUUUAAUAACAACAUGCAUUGAGAUUUAUUGUUCCACAAGAUGUUAUCCCUGGGUGUAUUAGUGUUUUAGUACCAAGACAUUUCCAAAAAGAUAUUGUUAAAACAAUGCACUAAUGUAUGGUACAUAACAUUUAUGAAUGUUUUAUGACAUCACCAAUUAGGCUUUCUCUGUCAUUUGUAUAAUGUUGUUAACUUUGACUAAUAAAUGUUAUUCUGGACAAUGAUUUAAUAAAGAAGGCUACAAUCUU